AGCCCAGGUACAUACGCACUUUCGGAAACCUGACGAAGUCAUUUCAGCGAAAAUCGUAGGCGUUUGUUCCGCUUCCAUCGCUCAUGUUAUGCUGACUCUAUAAAUAAAAUGGCACCUUAAUUGAAAUGAAAAGAAAAAUCAAAAUAUUGUCCAAACGGUCAAACCGAAAUCCACAACUAAUAGCCGCCAUCAUUAUUGUACUUAUGUGCUUAUUAUUGUACUUCUGAUAAAACUCCGUGUUUGUGAUGGAAAUUGCACUGCUUUUAGUAAGAUCGAAGAAAAUGGAUCAGGAAAAAGAAAACGGGAUCCAGAUGAAAAUGAUAGAGCGUAUCUAAAAUUGCAUUAUGGUAAUUUUAUCCAUAUUUUUCGUGACUUGAAUGUUUCGGCGGCGUUUUAAAUAUUGACUAAAGGUAUUUUAAUGUCCUGCCUUUGGUGGUUAAAUGGCUUCUAGUAACUUUAUAUUGGACGAAAAUUAAAGAAAAACAGAGACAACUUUUGACAAGUGAGAGGACCUGGACUAUUUGUUAAGGGUAAACUAUUAGGACCGCGUCUUUUUCGUCUGCCCUGGAAAGUAAUAUUUGCCCGGACCUCCGAAACGGCGUGGGAAAAGGCACUAAGCGGAUAGUGGGCCGGUAUCUUUGGACUUUGGAAGGCAGAUUAAAAAAGCUCGAAGCCGAGCACCGGAACUCGGAAAGACUAAAUCGAGUUUAAGAUGCUCUCAGUCUGCUGCGCGCUUCUCUUCUCUGCGCUCAUCCAGGGCGGAAUUGGAUCCCGCUGCAGGAACCACACUUGUAGCGCCCUUGUAGGGAAUCUAGCGAUUGGCAGACAGUUGACCACCCUCAGCAGCUGCUGUGGAAACAGAUCCUCGCUGCCCUGCCUUGCUCCGCACUGCCACUCUCUGCCAUCACACCUGGGGGAGCUACUGGAGCAGCAGUUCCAGCUGGACCUGGAGACGCAGUUCACCCUGACCCACGUGGUGGCGGUUUUUCGCUCGCCCUGCCCCUUGGCCAUGGUCCUGGAGCGGUCGCGUGACUUCACCCUGUCCUGGGAGCCACUCAAAUUCUUUUCCAGUAGUUGCGGGCAGAUGUUCGGCCUCCCUGAUGACGUCAGGACCCCGGGUGCCCUGUGCACCUCCCGCUACUCCAGUAGCAGAGAGGUUAUCUUUCGGGCCCUCAGUCCCGGAGACAGCCUGAGGGACCCCUAUAGCCCCGAGGCCCUUGCCCGGCUCACGCUCACCAAUCUGAGAAUCCGGCUCCUCAAGGAGCAGUCCUGUCCCACCCCUGUUUCCUGGCAAAGCAGCCCCCCUGACACAGAUUCACCGCCCUCUCCUGUCUACGGUCUGCUAGCUGGGGGCACCUGCCUCUGUCAUGGGCAUGCAGGACGGUGCCAACCGUUUGCGGCACAGCUGGGCAUGCGACCUCAUGGUGGCAUGGUGCAGGGCCGGUGCGUGUGUGCACACCACACAGCGGGAGAGCACUGCGAGAGAUGCGCCCCCCUCUUCAACGACCGGCCCUGGAGACCUGCCAACGGUAGUAGCGGGGCGCCCCACCCCUGCAAGAGGUGCGAGUGUCACGGCCAUGCCGACAGCUGCCGCUUCUCCCAGUGGAUGUGGCAGACCACAGGGGGGGUCAGUGGAGGAGUCUGUGACGGCUGCCGUCACAACACAGACGGCAGCAGGUGCCAGCGCUGUCGCCUGGGUUACCGGCGCCGGCACGGCAGACCCAUGAGCUCGCCGCACGCCUGCAUGCGUAAGAGCAUGAUGGGUGAUGGGUGGAUCGAUUGUGACGCCAUCGAAAGCCGGGAAGCGCCUCUUCUCACGAUCCCUAAUCAUUCUGGUAUUUUGGCUCUUUUUCCCGCAGAAUGCUGGUGUGACUCUGUUGGCUCGGUGCCGGUGCAGGGCAGGGCUGAGGGUCGCUGGUGUCACCCCCGCAGCGGGCACUGUCACUGCAAGCUGGGGGUUGGCGGUCGAACCUGCAGCCACUGCCUCCCAGGCUACUGGGGCUUCGGGCCCAACGGCUGUACGAGGUGCUCUUGCCCCCAGAACUGCGACUCCAUCACGGGACACUGCCAAGACAGAAAUCACUAUGAGGCCUACAAUAUUCCCAUUGGUGGAAGGAUCCCCGGCGAUGCAGGCGGCCUGACCAAUGAAAAGGGAAGGGCGUGGUCAGAGGAGCUCACUAUCUCAGCUAUUCAUUACACAGCGAAAUGCAACUGCAAGGAGAAAAUUCUGAAAAGCAUCUCUGAUCUCUGCAAGAAAAAGUAUGCCUACGCCAUCAAGGCCAGCGUGCUGUCGGCUCAUGACCAAGGGAGCCACGUGGAGGUGGAGGUGAAGGUCCGCAAGGUGCUGCGUUCGGGACGCGUGUCCCUGUCCCAGGGCACCCACAGCCUGUUCCCCCUGUCAUGGACGACCCUGGGCUGCACCUGUCCCAUCCUCAAUCCAGGGGUGGAGUACCUGCUAGCUGGGCCGGAGGAGGUGGAGUCGGGGCGGCUGCUGGUGACCACUCAGAGCAUGGUGCUCCCCUGGACGGCCAAGGUGGCAGAGCAGGUAGCGGAGACAUUGGAGCAAGGCUGCCCCUGACACAGCCGUCGUUACAGCCACGCCCACUCGUACCUCAGGACAUAAACCAGGUACAGGGGAGUGGGUAUUGCUGGCAGCUGAACUAGCUGUACAACAAAACCACCGUGUUCAGAGGAAACUCCAGGUCUGGAGGAAGCUCUCCACGUUUCCAGGUGAAUAGACAGCGCCCCGACAAAAAUCCACAGCGAGUGGAGAAAUCUUGCUUUGGAAGCCCACCUGGGAAGCAUUAAGACAGUCAGUCUACGGUUAUAUCUCAUUGGACAUCAGGACAGUGAUUGACAGCCUACGGCCAUCCCACUGAUUGGAGGAUUCAAUGCAUGAUGCCUCCCAUUACUAUAAACUGGAUUUUUUUUUUGUUUGCUUCAACCAGCUGCAAGCCAGCCUAGAUGCAGAGAAGUAUCUUCUGUAGAGAUCGUACACAUCAUUUAGGGAAUAACAACAAACAGUAAAAUUGCCACUUCAAGGCACCUUUUAGAGACAGAAAGCAUUGUCUGCUCUUUGUUGCAUAUACACUUCAUAUUUGAAUGCAUCGAUAAAUGUCAAAUUCUCUGUUAUCCUCAUUUGUGCAAAUGCUAUGGAAAACACACAGAAACACGGGACAGACUAAUGAAAAUGGUUCAAAGCGAAUGGUUUUGCCCAUAGUUUGAUUAAAAAAAAAGCACAUCUA